AGAGAGAGAGAGAGAGAGAAAAAAAGCGCGGAUCCAUUUUAGAAAUGACCAAAUGGUGUUGUAUUCAGUGAAAGGAUGUGAUAGAGCGAUUCUGCGGUUAUAGAUUUGCAAGCUGCGCCUUUGGGGCCCCCCAUUCUGCCCUCCCAUGGACGAAAUCUUCAGACAUUUUUCAUGAAGCGUCGUUUCUUGUGUCAGCCCAUGGGAUCAGAGCGGAUGGAGAUGCGAAAGAGGCAGAUGUCGGUGCAGCAGGAGUCGGCAGCGGGGGGAACUGCACCGGCCCAGCAGGACCAGCCGGGUCAGGCCAACCCACGGGGCUCCAAUGCAUGUUGCUUCUGCUGGUGUUGCUGCUGUAGCUGUUCCUGGAAUGAAGACCGGGAUGACAGGAACCGAAAAGCAUCUUAUGACGUCAAGGAAGGGACCGCAGACUGUGAAGACUGUCCUAAGCCCACGUUGGAGGAGGUGCGCUCAUGGGGGCAGUCGUUCGACAAGCUGAUGUGUUGCCCAGCGGGGAGGAACUCUUUCCGACAGUUUCUUCGCACCGAGUUCAGCGAGGAGAACAUGCUCUUCUGGCUGGCCUGCGAGGAGUUCUGCAAAGAGACCAAUAAGAGUGCGAUCGAGGAGAAGGCUCGGGUCAUCUACGAGGACUACAUCUCCAUUCUCUCACCUAAAGAGGUGAGCCUUGACUCCCGUGUGCGUGAGGCGAUUAACAGGAACAUGCUGGAACCCACCUCGCACACGUUCGACGACGCCCAGCUGCAGAUCUACACACUAAUGCAAAGAGACUCGUAUCCCCGCUACAUGAACUCCCCAGCCUACAAAAACCUGCUCAACACUCUGUCAGAGCAAUCCCCCGAAUCUUAGGGUGGUGAUGACCUGUGAUCUUUUAACUUUCUUUUCCCCCUCCUCUCCCCUAAUCCUUCCCCCCUUUUUUAAAUUUUUCUUUGUAUGUUCAGUGUAGGAUUACAUGAACCAGGCCUCGGGUCUGGCCCCUCCCAGGGAUCUUAGCGCUAUUGUGAUCUGCACCUGACCGAAGACACUCAGGUCUCAAAAUCUCCCGAGGGCUCGACAUCAUAAGUACUGCUACAGAUCAACAUAGCAAACACUCCAAAGGAAUAUGAAUACAUUUGAUUUCUGCAUUCUUUUUUCUUUCUUUUGAUAGAAAUAAUCUAUUUUAUUUGUGUUCAGAGUUUUUUAUGGUCUGUUGUUUUUUGUAUGAUUGUUUGGGGGAAAAUGAUUCCUACUGUAGACUAUAUAUUUAUGAGUUUGUAAAUAGUAAAAAUGGAGUUGUGGGUAUUUUAUGUGGAAACGCCUGGUUCUAUUUACUGCGUAUGAAAAUCAAAGCUCAAGUCAAAGGCUACAUGUUAGCUGUACUUGCAGGCAGCUUUGUGGGGUACUGUAUGAUUUUACUUUGGUUUCACCCUGUUUUGUUACGUAACCUCACACUUUGGUACCUGUGACAGCGACUUGGCAACUCCAGUUCACGUAGAACCUUAGCGUGAUUCAAGAUACUGUAUGUGUGGUUAUCAGUGAAGUAACAGAAAGUGACAAUAGCUCUUGUCACGGUGUGCAAUUUGUUUCCUUAAGAAACUCAAAUCAAUGACGGACGGGUGUUUGAAGUUUUGUUACUGCAUCUUAACCGCUGAAGAUUGCCUAUUAAUGACACAUUUUUGUUUUUGUUUUUUAACUCACUGCACACCUCAUAGGUUUAAUAUAGUUUUCUGGUGUGACAUAAAAAGCUAAGUAAUUCUAUUUAACAGAGAAAGUAUUUUUAUUUACAGAUAUCUACUGAUAAUACAGAAAAAAAAUAAGUACAAAUUCUAUGUAAGUCCUGUGAUGGAGUACACUAUGCUAAAGUGAAGAAAAGUUAUUAUUUUAAAAAAAACUUUAUUUUAUUGGUAUGUAAUUUCCUAAUAACCUUCUAGGAUGUUUCCUGGAAAGAAUUAUAAUUUGGUACUGAAUAUGGGUAAAAUGAGAAUUUCGCUGAAAGAAUUUCUUCAUUUAAACCUAAAUAACAUUUAUUUAUUAACAAUAUUACCAGCAACUUCAAGCGGCUCUUGUUAUAUCUGAGCAGAGCCGGACUCGCUGUUUCCAUCUUAAGAUCAUCUCAUCUAAUUCUUCCGGAAAAAAAGAGAAUAUCUCACAAAAUAUCAGCCUUUUUUGUCAUUCUCAAGGAACGAGCUGUUGGGUGUGCUAGCAAAUGGCUGAACACCAAUUAAACUCUCUAUUUUAGCAAUAAUUACAACUAAAUUAUAAAGUCUCCUCCAGAGAACUUGUCAGAAAUUACAGACCUGUAAAAUCAAUCCGCAUGAGAUUCAUCUUGGAAGAUUUUGACUUCAUAGUAUUAACAGAUUAAUCUACUGGAUAGAAUGAUCAGAAGUGACUCUGGGUCAGGCCAGGUUAGCAGCAACACCAAAGCUACCAUGUAAACUGUGUUCAUAUGUUUAUUGAGAGUGUUUCCGUUGACUAAAAUUGGAGUUGCCAAGUGUGAAAUACUUUUAUGUAUUCUGAUAGUUUUAGUUGAAUUACUUUGUUGCCUCACAAAUAUGUCACUCAAAGACAAGAUCCUCACAUGGGGAAGUGCCUUGACAUUCAGUUUUAUGACAUCUUUCUCAUGGGCAACAAUUGCUUUCAGACUCUUGCCAUAAGGGUGGUACCUGGAGCAUGAGGCCAGUUUACUGGAAAUUGUCCCUCUCAUUGGCCAAAUUAUCACAUGUGUUUUGUCUUGAUUCCUUAGUCGUGACUACAUCAGUUCACUUCGGUAGCGCUGAGGGUGAGGACAGCACACGUCUUUAUUUGCUGAGAACAAACUAAGAUCAGUGGAUAGGGCUGGUUGAUCUGAACUACUUGCCAACCUGUGUGCUUCACGGUGGCACUUCUUCUUGUCUUAGAGUUAACUUUAACUUACUAUGUGCAAUUUGAGCUGAUGGGCACACCGCGCAGAUCAACCUCAAAACACAAUCUAAGCCAAUGGUUUGGAGUGAUGCCUAUAAAUGUUGUUUCUUCUUCUGUUUACUAUGAAAUGUGUUAUUUUGCGCUGAGUUUACUGAAGAAUACAUUUUUAAAAAAUCAAAUAAUGUGAAUGUUUACAGUAUAUGGUUUAGUUUUUUUCUGCUAUUCUCCAAGAAAUUAAUGACUUGUGGGCAUUUCAAUUAAGAUAAAAUAAAGCACAAUAAUUUUA